UCGAUGACCGGUUCAAUUUUGAAAUCAUUAUGUUUUCAUCUCCAAUAAUUCUGUCUCAGCAAAAGUUUAUGGCAAAUACAAUUUAUUGAAGGAGAAAAUAAAAAGAAAAGCACAGUUGAAACAUAAGCAUGAUUUUAUUGGGAAAUUGUUGUUUCAUUUUCACCCAACCUCGACCUCGAUCACUCCGCCACCACUCCAAUUCACAUUCAAAAUCAUCCUCUCUCAUAUUCAAUAUCCAUAGAAGAAGAACCAAAACGGUGCAAUGUUUACGAAGCUGUGAGCUCAUAGAUUUCCAUCAACAAUUUAUCCCUUACGAAGUGGCAUGGUCUUUACAAAAAGACAUUGUCAAACAAAAGAAAUCACAGAUUCAAAAUGAAGGAGAUUGCAACGACACUCUUAUUGUUUUGCAACACCCUUCUGUUUUUACAUUGGGUACUGCUAGUUCCAACGACAACCUCAAUUUCGACAUUCAAAAUCCACCCUUUCAUAUUCAUCGUACUGAACGUGGCGGAGAAGUUACAUAUCAUGGUCCUGGCCAGUUAGUGAUGUAUCCAAUUAUCAAUCUCCGAAAACAUAAGAUGGAUCUUCAUUGGUAUAUGAGGAAACUUGAGGAAGUUGUUAUUCGUGUUCUGUCUUCAACAUUUUCAAUUCAGGCUUCUAGGAUGGAAGGUUUAACUGGUGUUUGGGUUGGAAAUGAGAAAGUGGCAGCUAUAGGUAUAAGAGUGGCUCAAUGGAUAACAUAUCAUGGCUUAGCACUCAAUGUCACGACGGAUUUGAAUCCCUUUAAAUGGAUCGUCCCAUGUGGAAUACGCGGCCGUCAAGUAGGGAGUAUCAAAGGGUUGCUGAGAGAAGCUCGGUCAUCAUGUAAUGAUCAUGGAACAGCUGACUUUCAUCAUUUGGAUGAUGACAGUCUUAUUCAUAUUGCUCAUAAGUCCUUAAUUGAAGAGUUCUCAAAAGUGUUUCAGCUUGAGUUACAUCAUAAAACUAUUUCCUUACCUAUGUUGUGUGAAAGUAAAGGAAAGGAAGUUAUCAUACCAAAGAAACAACAAACCUUGAAUUUUUUGUGAUGCACACAGCAGUCCCUUUAUUUAGUUUUUAUUUUAUUUUAAAUUUAGUUUUUA